AUGACAGCACCAAAAUCGGCCGUUUCUGGGGUAAAUGGACAUGUGAACAAAAAUCCGUCAUCAUGGGAUCCGCAGGACGAUUUGCUGUUGCGGCACUUGAAAGAGGUCAAGAAGCUUGGUUGGAAAGAGAUUGCGCAGUUUUUCAAGAACCGGACGCCCAACGCGUGUCAGUUCCGCUGGCGAAGACUGAAAUCUGGUAAUUUGAAAACCACGAAAAGCGCGUCUGUGGGUGCUGAGGGAAGCUUGGGAGAGGAAAAUGGGGCUGUUGCGGUGGCAGAACGCGGUUUAGGUGGUUUAGGAGUCGAGUCUGCAGCAGGUGAUGUGGGCAAUGUUGCUGUUACUGGUCGCAGUGUCAGUGAAAGUGCAACUGAAAGCUAUCUGGCAGCAAGCACCGUGCCGGCCGCACCGGCAGCGCCGGCCGGGCCGGCUUUGGCUGCUGCGACUACAGCAGCGACCGCGAUACCGAUUCCGCGAAACACGCAUGGUGUCGAUUGGCGUCAUCCGCAUCAGCUUCCGUCGUUGACGCAGUCGCUGGGGAACCAAAUGUCACGCGGAUCGCCCUAUGGCAGUCCUGUACCCCCCACGUCUCAACAACCUCAACAUCUUCCAGGGCCCUUUAACGGUACCGCAGUCGCUCCUGGUAAAUUCUUGAAACCGCGUUCUUUUUCGCAUACGGUGAUUCCUGAGAAGCCCAGAAGCGAUGAAGAAAAUUUGGGACUUAUUCCAAAGGUCGUUGUUCGCAGCAGACGUGGGUCUCUGGCUCAGCCAGUAGCUCCACAUGCGGUCCUACCCCUCAAUCAUACCAACAGCCACUCAAAUCUUUCACUGGCAUUGAGCACCAGUUUGACGGGUUCCAAGUCCAGAAAAAACUCUUUUUCUUCGCGGUCCAGAAGAUCUUCUUUUAACAUGGCUCCGCCUGAUCGCUUGCAUGGACCGAUUUCUAGGCGUGAAUCCGUUGUGCAGGCACCUGCCUCUGUGGCUACCUUAAGUCGGCGUGAAAGUUUCAACUCCACUACUUCUAGAAGGGGUUCCAUGAUUCAAUUCAGAAGGGAUAGCCCGGGUUUGAUUCCCAGUGAUCGUCGGGGUUCCGUUUCUCAAUUUACGGAUGUUCCCAAAGGCCAUUCCCAACAUUUCGCUCCUAUGAACGGGACGUCCCUUAAUCAAACAAGCCAUCCCACUCCAAGCGUUGGCGAACAUGCGAAGUCAACAGAGCCGUGGUCCUUGGAUGAGGAUCGGUUAUUAAAUCAACGCCGGGAAAAGGAUUUGUCGAUGGAUGAACUGUCAAUUUUAUUACCGCAUAGGUCGGAACAAGAAAUACAAUGGCGUAUAACUGCACUUGAUCGUGCAACGCCUUUUUCUACCAGCGCCUCCCCUCUGCACUCCCCAGAAAGGUCCCUCACGGAGGACACUGCUAUUGAGGAAGAUGAUCAAACCCAUGCGCAAGCUCAAGUUACUUCUGGAAGUCAAUUUUCAGACGACAAAGAUCAUUCUCCAGCAAUCUCAUCGUCCUCUGAGUCCCAUGAUAGAGAACAAUCGCCAGUGUUUUCUCCUCACUACGAUAAUAAAGGUCAGUCGCCUAUAACUGCGGACCCCUCAAUGGGAAAUACCGACAAAGUCGACCGCGACAAUGACUUCAGGUAUUUGGGACCAACUCGCACUCAACACGACAGUGGUCAUCCAUUACAUGCUGCCAAUCGCCGAAUCGUGCUACCGUCUCAUAACACUUCUCUGCCGAGCCUGAACAAUCUCUUUAAAAAUGUUUUGUAG